AUGUCAGUAACAGCUCUAGCGACUACGAGUCCAUCUUCGGUCAGCGACAAAAAGAAGAAGGAUACAUCAACAUGCCUAGUUUACCCUACUCGCUUCACGUAUGAAGCAUCCCACUUCGAAUAUUCAGUAUACGCUCCUUCAUCAAGAUUCCUCCGAGAAUUACGAUCGGUGUUUCCUGAUCUCUCACCGAAACAGCAAAAGUCCGUUCUUGUCAUACCCGUCAUACAGCACUGCCAAAGGGACAUGGUGGGCAUUACCAACGAUGUUAAUCAUGAGAGAGAUGUCAAAUUGGAGACGUUUGUAUCCUGGGGAAAACGAGUUGUUACUCGACUGCGCUCGGUUGGCAUGUGGGCUGACAUUAUGGAUCCUGCUUCUGGAUUCCCCAUUUUCAGUGCGGCAGGACCCACACCCUACCCUGACGUGCAAGGAACGCAGGCGCUCACACAAUAUGAUGUACAGAAUGUGGGAUGCUGUCAUAUUCUGCUGCAUCCAACAUGGAAGAGUCAUAUAUACCCUGCUACGAUGUUUACCACGGCUCCUAGUGAUAUUCUUGUUAAAGUCAUCAACGAGAUCGCCGAAGCUGAAUAA